CGGGCGGGCGCGGCAAGCAGCGGCGGCGGCAGCGGGGCCAUGGGGGCGCGGUGGGGGCCGGCGCUCUGACAGCCCCCGGUGCGCGGCGAAGCGGAGCGGGCAGAGCGGCUCGGGCGGGCGGGCCCCCACCCAGCUCGGCGCGGAACAUGUUCGCCAAGGGGAAAGGCUCGGCCGUGCCCUCGGACGGGCAGGCGCGGGAGAAGCUGGCCCUGUACGUCUACGAGUACCUGCUGCACGUCGGCGCCCAGAAGUCGGCGCAGACCUUCCUGUCCGAGAUCCGGUGGGAGAAGAACAUCACGCUGGGAGAGCCCCCCGGCUUCCUGCACUCCUGGUGGUGCGUGUUCUGGGACCUGUACUGCGCAGCCCCUGAGCGGCGAGACACUUGCGAGCAUUCGAGCGAAGCGAAAGCCUUCCAUGACUAUAGCGCUGCUGCCGCCCCGAGUCCCGUGCUUGGAAACAUUCCCCCGAACGACGGGAUGCCCGGGGGCCCCAUCCCACCAGGUUUCUUCCAGGGACCGCCUGGUUCACAGCCCUCGCCACACGCACAGCCUCCACCCCACAACCCUAACAGCAUGAUGGGACCCCACAGUCAGCCUUUCAUGUCACCGCGCUAUGCAGGAGGUCCCCGGCCCCCCAUCCGGAUGGGAAACCAGCCUCCGGGGGCCGUUCCUGGUACACAGCCAUUGCUGCCCAAUUCGAUGGAUCCCACGCGACAGCAAGGGCACCCAAACAUGGGCGGACCCAUGCAAAGGAUGAAUCCUCCGCGAGGGAUGGGCCCCAUGGGUCCCGGUCCGCAGACUGAUCCUUGGUUAUCGUUGCAGAACUAUGGCAGCGGCAUGAGACCUCCGCCCAACUCCUUAGGCCCUGGCAUGCCUGGAAUUAACAUGGGGCCGGGAGCUGGCAGACCAUGGCCCAACCCCAGCAGUGCUAACUCUAUCCCAUACUCUUCUUCAUCGCCUGGUACAUAUGUGGGUCCUCCUGGUGGCGGCGGCCCUCCAGGGACACCCAUCAUGCCCAGCCCCGCAGAUUCAACAAAUUCAAGUGACAACAUCUACACAAUGAUUAAUCCAGUACCGCCCGCAGGCAGUCGAUCGAAUUUCCCGAUGGGCCCUGGCUCCGACGGCCCCAUGGGUGGCAUGGGUGGCAUGGAGCCCCAUCACAUGAAUGGAUCGUUAGGGUCAGGAGACAUAGAUGGACUUCCAAAAAAUUCUCCAAACAACAUAAGUGGCAUUAGCAAUCCCCCGGGCACUCCAAGAGACGACGGGGAGCUGGGAGGCAACUUUCUCCAUUCCUUCCAAAACGACAAUUAUUCCCCCAGCAUGACGAUGAGUGUGUGAUUUCCCUCCCCCUCCUCCUCUCCAGGAUCAAGAGAGUCAGCUGCCGUUCGGAGGAUCUCAAAGAAUUAUGCAAGAAGAAGCUAGGUGUAUGGGCAGGGAGACGCGUGGCGGGGCCAGCACCCCAGGUUUAGUUUCAUGCAAUAAAAAGGCUGAACUUUUUAUUCCAUAAAACAUGAAGGACAAAACUUAAAAUAUUUCAAGACAUGAUGACAAGAUCCUUCUUUGUGCAGAAGGGUUUAUAUAUGUACAUGACACUUCUUUUUGGAAACAAAUGGAAGCCUCUAGCACCCAACUCCGAUCUCUUUGCUUUGUUCUUUUAAAUAAAGACAGAAACAGAACCCCGUUGUAUGUUUGUGCCGUGCGACACCAGGAAGCUAGUCUAGAUAUGAAAUCUCAUGUUGUCUCUGUUGUAGUCAUUUUUUAAAUAAACUGGACAGUUUACAAUGGUG